AUGCAGCGCCAUCGCCACGAGCAGGAUGAGUCGGGAAGUGUCGCCAUUAGCGAGCCCGACUCCACUGGGAUGCUGACGAAGGAGGAGCACUACCCCACGGGGAACGUGACUCUGCAGUACUCCAAGACCUUCCGCCACCAAGACAACAUCAGACUCGUGUCGACAGUCAUCUACGCCUGUUGGGCGGGUGUCAUGAAAGAUGAACUCGUCGAGUGCAUCCGGAAGCAAUAUCAGGAGAAACUCGGUGCUGAGUUCCACAUGAUCAUCUCUGAAGGUGAUGUCGGUCAGGUCGUUGGCCACUCGAAAGGCUUUGCCCUUGGUUUGGCCAUUGGAUACUAUAAGAAUCACUCCUUCCUCAUGUGGGAAGACUCGGCCUGA